AUGGUUAUACUACUAGUGGCAAUCGUCGCGCUUUGUUGGAAGAUUGGACCAUUAAUUCGCGUUUUAUAUACCAACUGGACUAUUGCGAAGCAACUACGCGUUCCAAUUAUCAUCACUCCCUUCGUCCCCAAAUCUCCUCUUUGGAAAUAUGUCCAGUCGCUGCUUCCAGUCCAUCUACCAUACUAUUUGGCGAAUCUGCUACAAUUUACACGAGUUAUGCGGGACAACUGGAUGUACCACGAGAGAUAUACGAUUUACAAGGACUAUGGUGAAGUUUUCGCGUUAGUCACGCCUACUGGAGUUGAGGUUUAUAUCGCCAACGUGGAAGCCGCGCGCCAGGUUUUGACCAGAGGACGAGACUUUCCGAAGCAGAUUGAAUUGAUGGGUAAACUAUGA